CAGACUACAGCGACUGAGUAGCGAGUAGGCCGCAAAUGGAGGGGGAUAUUGGGGUUUGCGUAAUGCGGUAUUGUAUAAUUUUUCUCGUGGUAUCUCGGUAAUUUUAACUUUGAAUUGUAGUAUUUUGGUAUUCUCCGAACCUACGGGAUGCGGUUUUUUAGCAUUUUUGACGGUAUUACAAAUUAUCCUCCAAGUUCUCCAACGUUUUCCGAGCCUUUUCCACUUUCCAUUCGGAAAAGGGUCAGUUAUUUUUUGCCAAUUAGUAGCCAAUGGAUGUAACUUACUUUGUUUAUUUUGUCUAAAUCAAAAAUUACCAAACUUAAACUUCAUUAACAAAUUCGCUCAUUGUUAUUUUCAGAGUAGUGGUUUGGGUAUGACAUUACGUUUCCACUCGAUAUAUAUUGCAGUCUUGCGGUAUUUAGCGAUUUUUUAAUUUUUAUUUUUAUUUUUUUCUUUGCGGUAUUUUCCGAACUUCUUGCGGUAUUGCGGUGUUCAGAACCCUCAAUCUCCCCCUCCAAAUGGUUGCAUCUCUCAACGAAAGAGUUGCAUACAGAGGUAAUGCUUUGCUUACUAAUAGCCAGUCCAGGUGAUGUUCACCGCUGAAGCCAAGGUAUUGCCUGUGCAGUAAACGAGCGGAUUAUAAAAGGAGAUGGGGUGACUACUUUUUUUUGGCACAUCUGGAUUGUAAUGCAAAUCUGUUUCUUGGAAAGACCCACCGAACACAAAGUUAGUCCAUGCAGUGAUCAAAUAAUUUCUAUUUACCGAGUCAGAGGUCAUAUUUCUGUGGUAUUUUAAUAUGUUUUUCUUAGCACGUUUUAAAUAUCAACAUUGAAAGAUUGGAAAUCACUAGUGAUUAAAAACAGCAAAAGCUAGGAUUUGAAGCAAUCAACUGAACUUGUGUAUGAUCAUUUGAGCCUGAAAUGGAGACAUGCCAUUGACUAGUGACCUGCGCAUCCUGUUUCGUAUAAACUACAUCGACCUAAAUUGAAACAAGAACAACUGGGAAAGCAACUCACUUUUUCAUCGUUCUAUACAGUACAUAGAUUUUAUCUCGAAUUAGAAGAUCGAUACGAUGCAAAUCCAAUGUAUAUUCAGACGUUGCCUGAAUGACUGUUGUAGAUUGCAUCCACCAAUGGUCCGAAUUUACUCACGCCUUGAUCAGAGUACCAACGUUAAUAAAGCCGGCGUGACCAGUGAACGCCAACAGACGGUUCUCAAUCGGUUAUUGUUAUUGUUUCUUUUUCCCGACGAAUGUCAAGCACCGAUGAAAAUUGAUGUUCAAUUGAAAGAAUAAGAAACAAUAAAAAAAGGCGUUGGUGUAUAUCGAUGUUUGAAUAGAGUUGGCAAGCUGAUGCGCAUAAGAAGCUAUAAAUCACGCGAAUGACAGAAACAAUCAAAUGAUAUUGUUUCUACAGACAUGCAUUCCAACGGUCAAAUUUCACGUCGCAGCAUAAAGACUCACAGCCAGUAUCCUGAUGCCCUUCAAGGACUUAGUGACGGAAUCAAGAAUUAUGUAGUCGCCAUUAUGAAGGAAUCAGUGGAUUCUUACUGUCUCUCUCCUGGCAAAGUGUGCGUGGCAGGUCCCCCCGGACCGAAGGGAAUCGAAGGAUCUCGUGGUGAACGAGGACCAAAAGGAAAUACUGGAAUCAAGGGCCAAAAAGGAGCAGCUGGACGUCCGGGACCUAGAGGUGAUCCAGGAGAGUCCAUAUCUGUUCCAGAGGUCAAUGUAUCUCCUACGUCACUCACUGUAACUCAGAACCAGACCGCCACGUUUUACUGCUCAGCUGAUGGUAAUCCAAAGCCUAGCGUGUCCUGGAGUAAAACAAGUGGAACAGUACUUGUGAAUACGGACGGUCAAAAUGAUAAGCUACAGAUCAAGAUUGCAGGAUACAAUGACUCGGGGAGUUAUGUUUGCACGGCUACAAAUGUCUUGGGACAAGCUAAGAAGGUGGUGAAACUUUUCGUGGAAGUUUCUCCGGAGUUUACUAAGAUACCUGAUAGACUGACAAAAGUUAUUGGAAAUUCAGUAGCCUCGAUUGCCUGUCAAGCCUUUAGUUUUCCGCCACCAACAAUUGUUUGGUCGAGAGGACUUGUGCCGUUACCACAAGAACGAACCACUGUUACCAAUGGUACACUGAAUAUCUCCAACUUUAGGCCUCAAGACGUUGGUCCUUAUCAAUGUAAGGCGACCAAUAAGCUGGGAUCUGUUACUGCACUGACAACCUUACAUUACGUUAAACAAGAUUUGUGGAAGAGCUCAGCUAUAGUAGGUGGCAACGCAUUUUAUCAAAGUCACCUCAAGCAGUUCCUGGCGCCUGCUGUUGGAUUGAACCCUCAGUGGGAGCUGUGUUAUCGCGCCUCCUCUCAUGGCUGGGCUGGCAGUACCUUUCAUAGCAGGUGUGAUGGGAAACGUGACACGGUUACCAUCAUCAAAAAGGGACAAUACGUGUUUGGAGGAUACACCGAUAUACCUUGGGGUUCCAGUGGUGGUGCUAGUUACACUUCAAAUGCGUUCUUAUUUUCACUACGAAACAAAGAAGAUCGUGUAUUCAAGAGCAUGGUGAAAGAUCCAUCAAAAGCAAUUUACGGAGGUUCAAAUCAAGGCCCAACAUUUGGUUGGGGGUGGGACAUGUACAUUGCCAACAAUGCCAACAGUAAUACUUUGUCUUACGCAAACUUUGGCGUUUCCUACUCUGUUCCAAGUGGAGUUCAAGACAAAAGAACAAUCCUGGCUGGGACUCACAACUUCACACCUGAUGAGGUGGAGGUGUUUUACCUCGGUUGAAUCGUUUUAACAACGUUUUGGAAUAUUUUCAUUUAUCUAGUGAACAUUUAUGUAUUAACCCUCAGACGUACAAGCUAACUCCUACCCACACCGUGGUACAAAGGAAAUGGAUGGACACCCCCUCUUUGAUUUUCCCAUUUUCUGAAAAAGUCAACAAAUACCGGAAAUUAACACAAAAUCAAGCCAUAAUGCUUAUAAAAUGUACAAAUCCAUGAAUUUCUGCAA